AUGACAAAAUCUUUUGAGAUAGUGUUCAAUGUGCAAUUGGAAUGCGAGGCAUGCGUGGAGUCGGUGUCGCAGGCAUUGAGUCCUCUUGGAGGAAUAUCCAAGUACGAUAUUGAUUUGAAAAAUAAUUUAGUGACUACCGAAGGAUCGAUUCCACCAUCAGAAAUCGUGAAGGCCAUACAAGGCACUGGGAAAGAUGCAAUCAUACGUGGGACCGGACAGCCAAAUUCAGCAGCAGUUUGUAUUUUGGAGAGUUUUAGUCCAAACGAUAUUAGUCAUCCGGUGAAAGGAUUAGCAAGAAUAGUUAGCGUGGGUGACAAUGAUUUGGUUAUAGAUUUAACCGUCAAUGGAUUAACCAAGGGAAUCUAUUAUCCUUCAAUUAGGUCCAAUGGGAACUUAUCCCAAGGAGCAUUGAGCACUGGCCGUCUUUUUUACGAAUUGUCUCCAGUGGAAGUUGACUCUCCAGCAGAUAUCUCAACAACUAUCAAUUCUUUAGGUGCAUUUACUCCAAGGGAAAACGAACCGUUGUAUUCUGGCCAAGGUUUCUUGCAGGCAAAUUUAUCAAUUAAUGAUUUAAUUGGCCGUAGUAUAAUUUUAUCUCGUUUGAAGGAUGAAACCGCUCCCGAUUCUUUAUGUGGUGUCAUUGCUCGUAGUGCUGGUGUUUGGGAAAACGACAAAAGUGUUUGCAGCUGUUCUGGUAAAACCGUUUGGCAGGAAAGAGUCGAUGCUUUACAUAGGGGAGUUAGGCUGUAA